CAAAGAUGAAACCCACCUAUUACUACCACUACCCACGACAAAGGAACGUAGGAGACUGACAAGUAGAUAUAAUGGAAAAUCCUUUGUGCGAUUUACCCCAUGAAGUAUUGUUGCAAAUAUUAUCAUGUCCUGGGAUUACUGUCUAUGAUCUGGCGAGAGUCGCGGCGACUUGCUCCAGGCUGAGGGAUUUUGUGGCGACUCCCUGCUUAUGGCGACUGAAGUUAAAGAACGGUUGGCCAAAAUUAUGGGACCAGAUUCAUUACGAUGCAGCCACAGUCAGCUGGCAGGAGGAGGUCCGUCAAAUUGUCACCCUUGAGAGGAAGGUCCAGGAGUUUGUGUCUGGACUCAGUCAUCAUUUGUACCAUUAUCUUCACCUGACAUCACGGGUCUAUGCAAAUAUAGACAGCUUAGUUUCCUCCUCCAGAUAUGCCCUGCUUUACGUAAAUUCAGCUCUGAGAAAAAUUAUAGAAAAGGGACCACAGUAUGAGAACAUGACAGAAAAGUACUAUGCCCUGAAGGUGAUCUGUCAUGUCCAUCAGAAUGUUUGUAAGCAGGAUUGGGAAAUCUUCAUGGCUCGACCUCCAAAUGAACAGCCACUGGAAAUUGGGGCGAUCUUAGUUGCCAGGUGGUUCCAGCCACACACUGACAUAAGUACAAAGGAGGUGAUCAGCCAAAUAGAUAAACUUGCUGAAGAUUGUCGUGCCAGAGUGAGUGUUGUGCAUUCAGAUCAUCCUGCUUUGUUGAAACCACUGCUCUCUCCCUAUGAUACUCUGCAGGAGUCACAGUGGUCACAGAUGAGAUGCCAUCAGAUCUUCAAGUGUCUGAACAACGUGUUGUUUUCUCAGGUGAAACUCUGUGGGAACAAUGGCGAUUAUUACAACUUGAAGAAUUCUCUCAUCAAUGAAGUGCUGACAUCUAAGAAAGGGAUCCCAAUCACUCUCAGCAUAAUUUACACAGCAGUUUGUCACCGCCUUGGUGUCCUCUUGGAACCAGUCAACUAUCCAUCUCAUUUUGUUAUGAGGUGGAGGAUACCUGGAGAGGACAAUUACGAAUACAUAGAUGCCUUCAAUAGAGGUCGACGACUUACGGGGCCAGAGUUGGUGCAAGAAGUACCAGUUGGCCUGCAUUCUGAUCAUGAUCUUCUUAGUUCAGGCACAGCAGUACAAGUAUUUCAGAGAAUGAUUCGAAACAUCAUGAACGUUGCACAGCUGCAGGCUCACGCAUCAGAUCACAUGGAGCUCUUCUGCUCAGCAACAGAGCUCAUGAGUCUGCUUUCACCAAACGAUCGUGGUGUGCAAGAGCUGUUAUUGAGGAUAUAUUACACUUUGGAGAUCCACUAUGAUCGGAUCGUAGCUGGAUGCCAGCGUCUUUUAAAGGAAGGUCCGUCUGAUAUCCUCGAAGAAAUGUUGACUGACUGUGAGCGCAUCCUGCAGAGUCAGAAUGAAACCUCCAAGAGUGUUACCGUCAAGAAGAGAAGCAAAGAAAUCAAUUAUGCAACUGGGCUUGUUAUGAAACACAAGAGAUACCUCUAUACAUGCGUUAUAUUUGGCUGGGAUAAGACUUGUCGAAUGCCACGUGAUUGGGUACAUAGGAUGGGAGUGAAUAAUCUUAUGUACAAGACAGAACAACCUUUUUACAAUGUGUUGGUUUACGAUGGGUCUCACAGGUAUGCAGCACAAGAAAACUUAGAAAUUGCCACAGAGCCCGAGCCGAUAACCCACGUUGAUGUUGGGAAGUAUUUCCAUACAUUUACUGGCAAGCAUUAUAUCCCCAACAGCGAACUUCAAGAGGAAUAUCCCGACGAUGAAUUGGCAAGAAGCGAUAUUUUGAAAGCACAAGGGUGGUUGUAGUAUUCUGGGAUCGGAAGUGGAUAUUGUAUUGUACUUUUAGCUGUUCUUCUUGUUUAUAUUUUGAAAAUUCUCAGGUUAAAAGUACAAUGUUGUAAAAUAGUUUUGCUAAAACUUACUUGUUAAUAUUUUGUUACUUCUAUUGUACAUAAGUAUACGUUUGUACAGUACAUAUCUAAGGUGAAAUAUAUACAGAAAUGUUUGAUGGAAUAGAUAAUAGUUGUAGGUUUUUAAUGAAAAUUUUUAUGCAUAUUCCAGUUUCAGAGCAUUCAAUUAUGUAAUGAACAAAUCCUGUAUUUAUCCUUCUUUUUUUCCAGAAAUCUUAUGAAACUGAACAGGAAAGCCUGUUACAAAAGUCAUUCUAAAGUACAUUUCUGUAAGGGCAAAAUCCUUAUUUACAUAACUUGUACAAGUACAGCAGUUGUAAGAAUAUGACUGAUGCAGGGAAUCAUAAUUAUAUUCUUUGGAAUUUUAUGUACCAAUUUAAAUAAGCUUGCUGUAUUUGAAACUGCACUUCCAUGCCUUUGAGGCAUUUGCAGUAAUGUUCAAUUAAUUCUAGUUUUUCAUACAUAAUAUGUUGCUAUUAGAAAUAGUUUUACAGAUCAUAUUUUUUACAAUUAUUAGAGGAAAUACAGUUGGCCUUCAGUAUACAGGGGUUCCACAUGGUUUCACUCUUGCAUGGUUACACAUGGAGAAAAAAAAAUGGAAAGAAUUUAGACAAAAUUCAAAUGUGCACGCGAUACAACCAAGCAAAAACAUUAUCAAAAUAGUGUCAGGCAACCUACAGCAUUUCCAAUUCACAACUGUAAGUAUUAGGCAGGGAAAAGAGAGGCAGAAAGAGAGAGAGAGAGCAGCAUUCUUAUACUGUGCAAUAAAACUUCCCCCCAUAACUGUACUGUAAACACACUCUCUCUCUUUCCAGUAAUUUGUUUUUAUUUUUUGUUGUUGCCAUAAUUUUCACUUCAUAAAAUGAUGAAAAACAAUAAAUACAAAAUGCUAGGUCAUUGUUCCCAGUCCAGGCUAAUGAGCACUUAGCACUACAUGUUGUACAGAUGCAUACGUACAUUAUUGUAAAUUGUUAAUUUCUGUCUCGUUUGAACAUUUCUUAUUAUUAAUACUGUGCUGCAAAUUUAUUUCUCACAUCAGGUUCAAACCCAAAUGUGAGUCAUAAAUUUCAAACCUGGUGCGAGUCAUAAAUUUAUUUCUGUUCCACACAUAAUUGUGUUGAUUACUUCUACAAUCCAUACUUUACUCUAUAUGAAAUUAUGUUUUGCAUUGUCAGAAGUUUCACACUAUAAUUUUAUUUUUAAUCUCACAUAUUUCCAGAGAACAAUGUUUUUUAUUAACAAUUAGUCUGCCACACAUUUAAAAGAAUUUCUUGGCUCCCGUUUUUCUCUCAUCCUCAGUAUAAUUGAUACCUCAUUUCUCUUAUGCCAAUUGUUCUUCAUCUGUCUCCUCAUUUUAUGAAGAAAAAAUGAAUUACUAUUUGUUUGUUAGUGUGUAUGGUGUUUUUACGUUGCAUGGAACCAGUGGUUAUUCAGCAACGGGACCAACAGCUUUACGUGACUUCCGAACCACGUCGAGAGUGAACUUCUAUCACCAGAAAUACACAUCUCUAACCCCUCAGUGGAAUGCCCGAGAAUUGAACUCACAGCCACCAAGCUGGCAGGCCAAGACCAAACCAAUCACGCCACUGAGUCGCUACAAAUUACUAGUGUCUUCCACUUUUACCUCCCAUUUAAGUUUCAUCACACUCCUUCAGCUUCAGAUUUAACAUAUUAUUUUAAUAAUCUCUGUCAUAAACUGUUCAUGUCCUUUUUAAAACCAAUCCACCAAAUGAAAAGCAUUUUGUGAAGUAACCAGGCAUCAUUUUCUAAUAAGGGUGGCUCCUGUGACUUUUCAGCCAUACAUAUUUGCUCCUUGUCCUUCAAGAAAAUUGAGAUAGCCAUGAGGGAUAAGUUUCUUUCUCACAUUAUCUCAUUUAUCAUUGUAAUGCCAGGUGAUCUCCCCUUUGAACCCCUGAACAAGUCUUUGCCAAAGAGAUACUUUGGCAAACUUGCUGGCUGCCUGAAGA